GUUUCCGGUUUGGAUUCAGUAGCUGGCUGAAGCUGGAGUUGAUGAGUCUGAAGGGGGACAGAGAUCAGAUCGGAUCAGGGAGCUCUGUAGCGUUCAUAUCAGUACAUUAGCGGAAUAAUAAGAGCGGGAAGGCGCUCUGUGGUCUUUCUUCAGUGUUGAGGGGCUGUAGAGGGGCUCUGUGUUCACGGCGGAGACUCAGAAAUGCGUUAAAAGCAGCAGCUCCUCAGGACGGACGGGCUGUUUUCGCUGACUUGUCUGAGUUGUGAGAGAGAAAUGUGUGGAUGAAGAGUCGCGCGAGCGAGCCAGCACGUCUGUAAUGACUGAUUAACGAGAUCGUAAUGGCAACAAAGGCGCAGGUUUUAUACGACUUCACAGCAGAGCCGGGGAAUAAUGAGCUUUCAGUGAGAGAGGGAGAGACAAUCACAAUCACAAACCAGAACAUUGGAGGAGGCUGGAUAGAGGCUCAGAACUCAAGAGGAGAAAUUGGCCUGGUGCCAGAGGACUAUGUUGAGCUUGGUAAGCCCCAGCCUUUAUCAGGAGGAGGAAGUGUGCCCCCCCUUGACCUGUCCUUCUUUGACACUCAUGUCCCGGCCCCGGCCCCAGCCCCAGCCCCGGCCCCAGCCUGCAACACGCAAAGUCAGGUGGAUGUAGUUCAGGUGGAAAGCCCUGACACCCCCCUCACCCCCGUCUCCCCGACUUCCCCUGAUGAGCUGAGUAAUGGUAAUGACCCAUGGGCAGUGUUCGACAACAACGCCUCUGGAGGCUUCUCCAACAACUGGGCGGCCCAGCCAGAGGGCACAGAGACGGGCAAGAACAGCAGCAAUGCCUGGGGCUCCACUUCAUAUGGUCAUCCUCAGGCCUACCAGGGCCCAGACAUUUAUCCAUAUCCAUACUUAAUCGAUUACACAGGUGCUGAGGAUGAUGAGUGGGAUGACGAGUGGGAUGAGAGGAAGUCAUCGGGCUAUGCUGAAGGAGAAACAGGGGAGGGAGGGGCUAUCACCAGAGGAGGAGCGCAUGGGUCCUCCAUGAAAAUCGCCCUCAACAAAUUUCCUGGCUUCUCCAAAUCAGGCCCUGAGCUGUACCUCCUAUCCAAACAGAGCGCCAAAGGAAACAAAUUAUCAGUCUAUAGAGGGGAGGUUGGGCCAGUGUGGGAAUACCCUGAGACCCAGCUGGACUGUGUUGUAGCAGACCCCAAAAAGGGCUCCAAAAUGUAUGGGCUCAAGAGCUACAUUGAGUAUCAGGUCACUCCCAAUACCACCAACAAACCUGUCAAUCAUAGAUACAAGCACUUUGAUUGGUUGUUUGAGAGACUUUUGGAGAAAUUUGGUUCAGCCAUCCCAAUCCCAUGCCUGCCAGACAAACAGGUCACAGGCCGCUUUGAAGAGGAGUUCAUUAAGAUGCGAAUGGAGAGGCUCCAGGCCUGGAUGACGAGAAUGUGUCGGCACCCUGUCGUCUCCAACAGUGAAGUCUUUCAGCUCUUCCUCACCUACAAGGAUGAGAAGGACUGGAAAACAGGGAAGAGAAAAGCAGAGAAGGAUGAAACAGUCGGAGUGAUGGUCUUCUCCACCAUAGAGCCGGAGGGACUGCCUGACCUGGACCUUCUCGAAGUGGAACAGAAGUGUGAGCAGUUCAGUCGUUUCACCAAAGCGAUGGAUGAUGGAGUGAAGGACUUGCUGACAGUAGGACAUGAGCACUGGAAGCGCUGUACAGGCCCCCUCCCUAAGGAGUACCAGCGCAUUGGCAAAGCCCUCCAGAACCUGUCAUCAGUAUUCACCAGCAGUGGAUAUGAAGGAGAGGCCACGCUUACUGACGCUAUGACAGCAGCUGGGAAGACCUACGAGGAAAUCGCUCAGAUGGUGGCAGAACAGCCUAAAAAGGAUCUUCACUUUCUCAUGGAGACCAACAAUGAGUACAAAGGGCUUCUAGGAUGCUUUCCUGACACCAUCGGAGUUCACAAGGCUGCCAUAGAGAAGGUGAAAGAGGCUGACAAACUGGUGGCCACCAAUAAAAUAACCGCCACAGAAAAGGUCACCAUGGGCAAGCGAGCCAGCACCAUGUCAUAUGCAUUGCAGGCGGAAAUGAAUCACUUCCAUAGCAACCGCAUCUAUGACUACAACAGAGUGAUGCAGUUGUAUCUGGAGCAGCAAGUGAAAUUCUAUGAGACGAUUGCUGAGAAGCUGAGACACGCUCACAGUCAGUUCACGACCAUGUAAAGAGAAGAGGACUGCACUGAGCCAGGCACUGCUGCACAUACAAGGCCCUCUCUCUAAUUUCCUGUCUCUCUCUCACUCGCUUGCUCUCGCUUUCUUUUCAGUUCCUCUUUCUUUUUAAGAUCUUUGUUUGUCUAUGACCUCAGUGCCAUAAAAAGCUUCUGUUGAUCUCAGGCCAAAGGCAGUUAGCUAAAGUAUCACUUAGCCUCUCUCUCUCUCUCUCUCUCUCUCUCUAUUAACACAAACAGAUCUCCCAACCGUUCUCAUUUUUUUAAUUAAAUGGAUACUUUGAGUUUUUCAACCUAGUCUCUGUGUAUAGUACGAAUAGCAUAAGGUUGACGACACAAAUAAUAACUUUGACACAUUACCCUGAACAGAAAAGCACUGACUUGAAGCACAGUUAUAAUAGAACCUAAUGGAAGCAAAGGCACUUGCCCAUUGGUUUCUAUUGUGUUUUGUGAACCAACACAUUUCCUCUUCUGUUCAGUAAGAGAACUUAUCGUCUGUGGUAAAUGACCGUGCAAUAUAGAUUCAGAUUGAGAUAAGUUUGAAAAUGUUGAAGUGUUCCUUUUCCUUCAAAUCAACAGCCAGUCUUCCUCCAGAAGCAGUGAAGAGGCUAUAUGAGGUUAACACCUAGUACUGCAUCCAUCAUAAUGCUGUGCAUUACAGUACUGUGCAAAAGAGACCACCCUUUGUUUUAUUUAAAUUCCAGUCAAAAUGGCUGUUAUGCAUUAUUUAUUUUUCAGCAUCAGGGAGAAAAAGCAAAAAGCAGAUAUUAGAGAUCAGAUAUUACAGUAUUUGCUGUGUCAACCAUUUACCUUUAUUACAGCUUCCAUUCUUUCCACACCUCUAAAGUCCAGUCUCAGAAGUGGUUGCAUUUUCUGCUUCGCGUAAUCCAAAUUAUUCCAAACACAUUGUGAUGUUGAGGUCUGGACUCUGCGGUGGUCAGUCAAUUGAUCUGAGAACAGCAGCUUCUUUGAUUUGCAAAAUUUUCAUCUUUAUUGUCUGUUUGAUUUUCUCACUAAUGGCUUCUUGACAGAAACACCUGUGGAUUUUUUUCAGAGCAAGAGUAUUGACAGUUUUGGUGGUCCACCAACUCUUGCGCAGUUGUUAGGAGUCCCAUUUUCUCUAUCUCUUAAUCGUUUUUGAACUCCAGUUUUAGAAACUUCUAUUUUCCCCACUUAUUUUCCUUUGACUUUCCACCUCCUUAUGCAAGUGGCAUAUACUGAAUCUCUUUUGACAUCUCCUGAAAAAUGAAUAACUUGCUCUUAAUGGCCAUUUUGACUUUUGCACAAUACUGUAUGUUGUUUCAAUUUGUCACAUUCAGAACCACUUCCAGCCAUCUUUGUCUGUGAUAUCCUAGUCUGUCAGUUUACGUAUCCAGAGAAAGACAGAGAAGAGAGUCUUACAUGCUUUCUACUGUGCCAUUUUCUGUGUGCACUCUUUUGCAAUAGCAGAGGUGCGGCCUCUUUCACUGUGCCUUUAUGUGUGUGCUGAAGUUCAGCAUGCUUUUUACGCCGUGCACUUUAAUGAGGUGUUUUUCAGUGCAAAACUAUGUUCAUUACAGUGCCAAAACGUAUAUAAAGAUAAGUCUUUAUGCACAUCUUUCUAUAUACACGCGUACAUAGACACAUGCGUACAUGCAUAAACCCGUUUGACAUCUCUGGAGUAGAUACAGGAGGGCUGGUCCUUUUUUUUGCGCCAUAGAUUUCAUUCAAACAUCAAACAGGUGCUUUAUGUUUCCUUCAAAGCCAAAUGACGAACAGCUUUACUUUUUUCGCCUGUCGCUAAGCAAUUUUCUCUGCCACGUUGCCACCGUGCAAUCUGUUUUUCUCAUGCACUUCUUUGUCUUCUCACACUGAACGUAUAUUCUUUAUCCAAUGCAUGUGCUUCAGUUCUUGAUGUAUCAUUUUAUGUAUAGCAAUGUUUGCACCAGAAAUUAUUGAAGAAAAAAAAACACAAAAAUAAUUCUGAUAUGAUUUAAUAAACCCUGAUUUGUACUCUC